CGGAGACGACCGAUGAGUUAGUUGCUUUGAGAUGUCUUUGUUGCAGAAGAUAGUCUUGGGCACGCUUCAAGUUAAUAACUCUAGCACACCCUCUUAAUGUUGUUGCAAACGCUGGCCCCUCGUACGAUAGGAUGCCUCCCAACGCCGCGCCUGGGCCUUACAACGCCCUCAGCACCACCACCACUACCAUGGCCGCCACCUGUAAAUUUCUUGGUCCGCCACAAACGCCAUGUGCAGCGCGCGGUCUUUUAUCUGGGUUUGGGCGCCUCGUUUGAAUUGGCGGGGAAGGAGAAAGCCGGUUGGAGUACCGAGCGAUAACAAACGGCUCGAAGAAAGGCAUGGUGGUGCUAUGACGCCCGCUCUAGACAGCCUUGCCUCUUUGUCCAGUCCAACAUCAUCACUCUUGGGUUCAUUUUCUUCAUUUAUUCCAAUAAGAUAACACCCUGUGAAUUCCUCAAGUACAGGCAUUCUUGGUCUACUGGUUGAUGGUAUCCUAUCUACCACAGGCGUUCCGCUCACCCGCGACGAUUCCUAUAAACCCACCAGCCGAGUCAACCACUUUGUUCGCCGCCACCACUCAAUCUACAUACAGUGGUGAGGGCUUGCCCGAGAAAUACGAACGAAUUUGUCUGUUGUAUCAUAUACAUACACACACCCAUAUACAUGUCUGCUGUAUACGAGUUAUCCUCAAACCACAGCACUCUCACGUCGAGAAUCUGCGUCUCUUAUAGCCGGGUCGCACAGCGACUCUACUGACACGUACUCCUUCCUUCCUAGGGAAGAGGAUUUGGAAACAUGACCUCGAAACUGGAUGCCAAUCAUCUUUCCAGCACCCACAAGAUAAAACAGUCAUUUAGCCAGGGUAGCUCAUACACGAUGCGGGAACCCGACUACGAUGAGCGCCUUGCGCCGCGCCUCGAGCGAUUCAUCGACAGUUUUAGACGAGACCCUAAUACUAUGUUCACUGCGGAGGAGUAUGACGAAGCCAUACGACAAAGGCAAGACGGCGACUCGCAUUACUACGAUCUCCAUAUGGCGACGCUCGAGAAUGCACAUAUCGGGCUUUCAAGAAGGCUCAAAGGACGCCAUUUACAGAUGAUUGCCAUUGGUGGAUCCAUAGGAACUGGUUUAUUUGUAGUCUCAGGCAAAUCGCUAAGCUCUGGUGGCCCUGCGUCUCUGCUGCUUGCCUUCUCAAUAGUCGGCGCAAUGCUCUUUUGCACUUGUCAAGCACUCGGCGAGCUUGCUGUGAUAUUUCCGCUGGCCGGAUCCUUUUCGUCAUGGGCAACUCGGUUUCUCGAUCCAUCCUGGGGAUUCGCAAUGGGUUGGAACUAUGCGAUGCAAUGGCUGGCAGUUUUACCGCUUGAGAUUAUUGCCGCGUCCUUGACAAUCAGUUAUUGGAACGGAGACCUGAGCAGAGCCAUCUUUGUAACCGUAUUCCUGAGCGUCAUUGUAUUUAUUAACUUAUUCGGUGUCAAGGGUUACGGGGAAGCUGAGUUCACCUUUUCCUUGAUCAAAGUAACCGCAGUCAUUGGCUUCAUACUUCUAGGUAUCGUCUUGAAUUGCGGCGGCACCGUCGACCGAGGCUAUAUUGGCGGUGAAUACUGGAUUAAUCCAGGGGCAUUCAACAACGGGUUCAAAGGAUUAUGCAGCGUCUUUGUCACUGCAGCCUUCGCAUUCACCGGCACUGAGCUGGUCGGCCUAGCUGCUGCUGAAACUGCUAAUCCGCGCAAAUCGCUCCCGAGCGCCAUAAAACAAGUCUUUUGGCGCAUAACAUUGUUUUAUAUUGUUGCUCUUACCUUGGUCGGCCUUUUGGUUCCCUACAACGACCCGCGGCUCUUGGGCGAGAGCAGCUCUGACGCCAAAGCUUCGCCAUUCGUUAUCGCCAUCGAGGAAGCAGGCAUUCAAAUCCUACCGUCAGUUAUGAAUGCCGUUAUUCUUAUAGCCGUAUUGUCUGUCGGCAACUCUGCCGUCUUUGGAUCAUCUCGAACACUUGCGGCUCUCGCAAACCUCCGCCAGGCACCCCGGAUUUUGGGCUACGUGGACAAGCGCGGACGACCUCUUGUCGCUAUCCUUGUAGCCGCUGCUAUAGGAUUACUGGCAUAUAUUGCGGAUGUAAGCCAUCAGGGGCAGGUUCUCGACUGGCUGCUUGCCAUGUCUGGCCUUUCUUCUAUAUUUACAUGGGGAUCUAUAUGUUUGUGUCAUAUCCGAUUCCGCAAAGCCUGGGCUGCACGUGGUCGCAAACUCAGCGAGCUCCCAUUCCAAUCACAAGUUGGAAUUACCGGCUCGUACAUUGGACUGACUCUGAAUGUGUCCGUUCUUAUUGCGCAGUUCUGGGUCGGCGCGUUCCCUAUAAAUUGGAGAUCGAUGCCGGUGGGUGAGAUUGCAGAAAACUUCUUUUUGAAAUGGAUGAGCGCGCCAAUUAUUCUGGCGUUUUACUUGGCUCACAAACUAUACUACCGCACUAGUAUCAUUCGAAUUGCAGAUAUGGACAUUGAUACAGGACGGCGGGAUUGGAAUCUUCCCAUUCUUGUUGCGCAAGAAAAGGAAGAGAGAGACGGCUGGCCGCAAUGGAAACGAUUCUACAAGUUUGUUUGUUAAAGUAGCACGGGCAACGGCAAAAAUGUUCUUAUUUAUGACAGAAGAAAAGAUACAAUUUCAUUGUGUUCUAACAAAAGAGUGGCUAUGAUACGAAUGAGAUGUCUAAUAAUCAAUACGCGGCGAGGCACCUCAAAAUACUCAUGAGUGACGUCUACACAUUAAGCUCGUCGCAGAAAACAAUAGCGGCAUAAAAUCCAAUACAAGGUAUAAAACAGCACGCAAAAAAAUAUACUGAGCAACGUCUUAUCAAAACACAGCCUUGAGAGGCUUAGUCCAGAUCGCACAGGUUAUGGACGCUGGGCUUGUGGUGGUACAGCCAGGGCGUCUAAAAGUCCCAGAAACUUUGCUUGCCUCCAGUAGGCUGGGCAUUUCUGGGGGCCGGCUUGUUGGCUUCAUCAUCGUCACCGUAAAGCCAGUUUCUGUUGCUGCCCUUCUUGCCACCCAUGCCAUCUCCAGCAAUGUGCAUGAUGCCAAGAGCGGCGUUGGAGGUGGUAGGCUUAGGCUGGUUCUCCUUCAAGGGAGAUUGCUCGUAAACUUCCCAGUUGUGGUCCAUCAUCUUGACAACUUUUUGACGAGUCUCGGUGACGUUCUGGACCACCUUGGAGCCCGAAGGAGAGUUGUCCGUCAUGGUGAAAUGAGCGUCAAAGUCCUUUCCACGGUCCUUCAAGUUCGUGAUGUUACCAAGCGCACGUUCAGGGCCGGCGGCAGGAUCUCCCUUGUCGAAAAUCUGGUUCUUGUAUAGGCCAAGGCCUUCGUUGUGACCGACGCCCCGAGGAGGGCGGUUGGGCAGCUCCUCGUCGGCCGGUCUCUCGCCAUCAUCCUGCAGCUCAAAGUGGGCUUCAGCAUCUCGUCUAGCACGUCCGAGAGGCAGCUCCUUCUCUGCUGGCUCGUUGAGGGUUUCGGGAUCCCAGUGGCGGAGAUCCUGGGAACGCAUACCACGGGUAGGUCCGGCGCGAUGAGGGGUAGUAAAGUCGUCAAAUGACCACUGGCUAUCAUGUUUGGACUUUUCUCUCUUGUCAAAGUCGACUCCGCGCUUGGGGGCAUCCUGAGGAUCGGAUCCAUCGGCAAAUUCGAAGUGGUUGUAUUUACCAGGGUGAGGGCGAAUCAAGCGCUCGGGGUUAACAAGAGGUUGGUCGGGAAGGGCGUCGGUCUCAGAGCCUUCGAACAAGCGCAUUCCCUGGUGGUUCUUGCCCUGGCCAAUCUUGGUAGGAGAAACGGGGCGAUGAAAAGGUGCAUCAGUUGUUUGAUCCUGGGGGUUGUCGCCCAAGAUCUCGGCAAAGUCUCUCUGUUGAGGUCUGUUUCCGGCCUUGGGGGCUUUCACACUCUCCGCAGCUUGAGCAGCCUCGAGCUCCUCGCGGUUGCCAAAGAGCUGAAGUGUCGCAUGGGGAUCGCGAAGAAUGUUGGUAGACUUUUGGCGAGCAUGAACAACAAGUUCGUUGUGGCUAGUGCUGGUGGGAAUUAGCUUGCCAGCUCCCUUGAGAGAAGACUCAAUCAGCUUAAGCUGAUCGCGGCUGUCCUUGAUGGGCCAGUUGCGGCCCGUCUUGCUAAUAACAUCGAGCUGUUUGAGCAAAGCACCCUGGUCCCAGUGAAGGCGGAUCUGAGAAAUCUUGCCUGUCGCGUCAAAAGCAACAAUGUGAAUCUAGUAGGAGCAUACAAGAGUUAGUCACUACAGGCAGCUUUGUUGGUGUGUCAAUGUGCGAAAGCUACGUACAAUGGAGAGGUAGGCGAUGCGGUCAGAAAGGAAGUUGUCUUCAAGACCAGGCAAGUAGACACCGCCAGAAGUGAGGAACUCGAGAGCUGUAGAAGCUUCGUAUACGAGGCUAUCGCUGCCCUCAACAAUCUGGAGGACCUCCUCCUGCUUCUUAGCAACCUGGCGCUGCAGGGCAGCCAAGUGCUUGACAAUGUCUUCGGCGCCAACAAAUGUCGUGGUCGUGGGGACAUAGUGCAGGGCAGCAUUGUCAGCGAGCAGAGCAGCUGCAGGCGCCUUCAAGAAUUGCUUGUAAGUGUCGGCCAUUGUGUCGGUUCGAGGAAUGCGAAAUCGCAGGGAUCGUGUUGGUGGAAUAAGGUGGGGUGAAAAGGCAACGCGAGACACUGUUCCAACCAGGGGAUGAUGGAACGGCGGGGGAGACGAGAAAUAUAAGAGGAGGGAAAGCUCUUGUCGGGGCGUGUUGCGGAAGACAAAAAAGAUCAGCAGCGGAAGAAAAAAGACGAGAAAAGCAAGAAGGGGGGAGAAAGGGAGGAGACGAUGGGGGCAGGGCUUUAAAGGACGAGGCGAAUAACACGGCACUGCGCAGGACUGCGCUGAGCGCGAGUGACGCUACAGCGGGUGCGUAGAGGGGUACAGCGGCGUGCGGGGCGCUAGAAACAGGUACAAUGGUCCCCUGUAGGCCGCUGAGGUUGUGGUGGGGAAAGACGCGCUGAAAUGAAAGGACCAGCAGGUUCCGUCAGAGGCUUGGGCUUAGCAGGGUUUAUUUUUAGGGGGCUUGUCCGCCAGAAAGGAACCAUGAAUGGAAGGUUACAGCAGGCUUCUCUCUCGCUUACCAUGUUUUUUUGUUGUUUCUACGGUUCGCUGCCUGUUUGCCUGGUGUAAGUGAUGCCUGAAGUGUAAAUACUGGGUGUACAACUAAAGUACCCACCCUCAUCAGCGCAGCACGUACUAUAUAACCCUUGUAUAGAUACACAAGGUACUUACACCAGAACCAUGUAAAGCAGGAUGAGAAAAACAACGCUAAUAGUCCCCUGCUCAGCAUAACUCUGUCAUGCACACCUUUCCAUUGUUGUUGUUGUUGUUUUUUUGUCUUUUCUUUUGUCGACUUGCUGCGUUUUCCUUGCUGCUGAAUACUGUUUAACCUUUGACCGCGUAGGCGGCCACCUACCUCUAACCCGCGUCCGAGUCGCGCUCUAUCCUUUGUUUUGGCCGCGUACAUCUGGCCGUUGCUACAGUAAUCAUCAGACCACAGUAUGCACAAGACGUUUGGCUGGAAGCUCGCCAACAUCAACGAUUACCAUCUACAAGUGGCCUGAGGACUCACAGAACAAUAUAGCAAACAUGAGGCCACUACGGACCGGGAAAGCAACGGAAAUCAGGCCAAUACCAGACAUGUGCAUUUCUUAGCGCGCUCUAAUUAUAUCAAUGCGGAGGGGUGUGUACACGUGCGUGUCUCUCAUCCACCACCCUUCCGAGCCGUUCUUUACUGCCUACGCCUCCUGCUAAGGUGGCGUUGUUUGUAGCCGUUUCUUUCUAAUCCUGCCGAAAGAGCCAACGGUUCUUUUACGCCCCAAGGCUGCCAAAUAAAGAGUGUAUGUGUUGCCUAGCGUCUGUGGUCUAGGUUGCGUAGGCUAGUGAAUGCGGCACGUUAUAAACAAAGGUACUUUUGUAUCUACAUCGACACAAUGCCGGCAGAGGCAGUACACCAAGUCAACUUUGUGCCCUUUCCUACGCUGUUGAACACUCAAUUCGGCCCGCUGGCAGCAAAGCAAGUUCAAAAAGGGGCGGCAUCAUGGCA